AUGGUUUCCAACACGGCCGGUUAUGGAGUCUCUGAGUCUGACUGGGAAGACCAUAUAACUGAAGCUAUCCACGCACAUAUCGAUGCGUUUGCCCUCAAUAUUGCCAGUGGCGAUAGCAUCACCGAGAGCUUUGUAGGCAAUGCUUUUCUGGCCGCUCAAAAUGUCGGAGGAAGCUCCCUGGCCUACUGGAACUAUAACGACCAACCUCUGUGCUCAACCUUUGAAGGCUCUGUAAAUGCUGCUGACUGCGCGGAUAUCAUGAAGCAGACAAACUGUUUCUUUAUGCCGGACUGGUCUUCACUCGGGGCUAAAAUGGCCAUUGAACAGGUCAAUGGAGACGCUGAUGGUCUCCUUAGCUGGGCUGCCUGGCUAUAUGGUGACGCCGAUAUAGAUACCUACGGCGAUGCCUCGUACCAGCAUUACCUCAAUGGAAAUGCCCGUCUCCCCAUGGUUCUUCACAAACAUGCCCGGCUACAACAAAAAUUGGCUAUGGCACAGAAACGACUUGUGAUCAUUUCGUGGAAUUACUACGGCGAAUAUCAGUACAUUGGGCCUUCUUAUGACAGUCACAAUGACCUCACAGCCGCCAGCUACGUAGAGUUUGACGAGGGAUAUGGUGAUUCGCCGUACAACUACGCGGAGACAUAUGAUCGUAGCGGAUAG